AUGGGAGAGAGACUCUUUGAGAGUACAGAAGGUAGUUAGUGUGGAGAAACUUUCACCCAGGUUCUGGAAGACAUGCUGAACAAGAAAACUCUUCCUGGAGUAAAAUCAUGUGAAAGUGGUACAUGUGGAGAAGUCUUCAUGGGAUAUUCAUCCCUUAAUAGGAACAUCAGAACUGACACUGGACACCAACCAUAUAAGCGUCAGAAAUUUUUAGAGAAGCCAUAUAAACAUAAACAACUUGGGAAAGCCUUGAGCCAUAGCCACUGCUUUCGAACACAUGAAAGGCCUCACACUAGAGAGAAACUUUUUGAUUGUAAGGAAUGUGGAAAAUCUUUCAUUUCUCCUGCAAGCAUUUGAAGACAUAUGGUAAUGCACAGUGGAGAUGGACCUUAUAAAUGUAAGUUUUGUGGGAAAGCCUUGGAUUGUCUCAGUUUAUACCUUACCCAUGAACGAACUCACACUGGAGAGAAACCAUAUGAAUGUAAACAAUGUGGUAAAGCCUUCAGUUGGCACAGUUCUGUUCGAAUCCAUGAAAGAACUCACACUGGGGAGAAGCCAUAUGAAUGUAAGGAGUGUGGGAAAUCAUUCAAUUUUUCCAGUUCCUUUCGCAGACAUGAAAGGACACACACAGGAGAGAAGCCGUACAAAUGUAAGGAAUGUGGGAAAGCCUUCAGUUGUCCCAGUUCUUUUCACAGGCAUGAAAGGACUCACACAGGAGAAAAACCCUAUGAAUGUAAACUAUAUGGGAAAGCAUUAUCUCGCCUUAUAAGCUUUCAAAGACACAUGAGAAUGCACACUGGAGAGAGGCCUCAUAAAUGUAAGAUAUGUGGGAAAGCCUUUUACUCUCCCAGUUCAUUUCAAAGGCAUGAAAGAAGUCACACUGGAGAGAAACCCUACAAACGCAAGCAAUGUGGGAAAGCCUUCACUUGUUCCACUUCAUUUCAAUAUCAUGAAAGGACUCACACUGGAGAGAAACCCUAUGGGUGUAAGCAAUGUGGGAAAGCCUUCAGAUCUGCCAAGUACAUUCGAAUACAUGGAAGGACUCACACUGGUGAGAAACCCUAUGAAUGUAAGCAAUGUGGGAAAGCAUUUCAUUGUGUCAGCUCCUUUCAUAGACAUGAAAGGACUCACACUGGAGAAAAAUCUUAUGAAUGUAAGCAUUGUGGGAAAGCCUUCACUUGUUCCAUAUAUAUUAGAAUACAUGAAAGAAUUCACACUGGAGAGAAACCUUACCAAUGUAAGGAAUGUAGGAAAGCCUUCAUUCAUUCCAGUUACUGUCGAAAACGUGAAAGAACUCACACUAUUAAUAUAUGAGAGAAAUGCUAUUUUUUAAUUUUUAUUUUUAUAGAGACAGGGUCUCACUAUCUUGUCCAGGUUGGUCUUGAACUCCUGGCCUCAAGCAUCCCUCCCAGCUUGAGGUGUCAAUAAAGGAAAGCAAUAAAAUGUAGAGAUGGAGUUAGGUGAUGCCACGCUGGGAUUCACUGGUGGCCUAUCUUACAUAUGAUUUCGAAGGCAGACAUGAGGAAGGCCUUAGUCACAUUUUAGAGCCAGCCAAAUUCACAUGGGCUGUGUGGCCCCAUGAUUCUAGCCCAUUUUCCUGAUUCUCUGGCUUGUCAAUCAAGAGUAUCCUCCAAAUCUCUUGACUGUCCUUUUUUCAGAGGUGUAGGUUUCCAAAGAUGUCCCCAGAAGCUCCACAUUCAAGUUCUAUCUACAGUUUGGUUUUUCUUUAAGUAUUGUAAUGUCUAUACCAGAGAGAUAAUGCAGACUGUCAUGGGUGGGGAAUGUUCUCUGAUGCUCAACUCCCCUAGUCUGCAGAUUGAGUUGGUAGGAGGUGUGAUUUGUUUACAUCCACCUUUGUUCCUGCUGGUAGUGACCUUGUUCUUGAUUCAGCCUGACAGCUACUAUGCUGCCAUCAGAACCAACUUGAUGAGAGCUCUGCUGCCCUGUGCAGUGACUGGUCUCAUCCAGGACUCUCAUGUGAGAAGGAACACCUUGCUCUGGUCAGGAAAUGUCUAGUGUUUCCUGUUAUCCACAGGAAAAUGUAAUGCCUCAGUUCAUUUUCAGUUAUCUUUGAUUAUAUGUGAUUGACAAUGUAUAUUUUUGAGGGAGCAAAGAGUUUUGUACAUAUUUCUUAAAAAUAGUUUAUUCAGCUGGGUGCAGUGGCUCAUGCCUGUAACCCCAGCACUUUGGGAGGCCGAGGUGGGCGGAUCACGAGGUCAGGAGUUUGAGACUAGCCUGGCCAACACGGUGAAACCCCAUCUCUACUAAAAGUACCAAAAUUAGCUGGGUGUGGUGGUGGAUACCUGUAAUCCCAGCUACUCGGGAGGCUGAGGCAGGAGAAUCUCCUGAACCUGGGAGGUGGAGGUUGCAGUGAGCCAAGAUCACGCCACUGUACUCCAGCCUGGACGAGAGAGCAAUACUCUGUCUCAAAAAAAAAAAAAAAAGUUUAUUCACUGUUCUUCAGUUGUGUACUUACAAAUGUUGUUCUCUUUUUUUUGUAUACUGAGAAGCUCUAUUAAAAUAUCCCUUGUCAACAUGGAUCAGAUCAAAUGUAUACUGUUACCAAAUUAUUUGUUUGAUAUUGUGAAUCAAUAUCACCAUGUGUACAAACCUCAUUUAUUUCCUGAUGUAAAUUAUACAUUUCAUGCAUAUCUACUUAUAAUUUUUACCUUUUUUUUUUUUUUUUGAGACAGGGUCUUGCCCUAUAACCCAGGCUGGAGUGCAGUGGUGCAAUCAUAGCUCAUUGCAGCUCUGAGCUCCUGGGCUUAAGCAAUCCUCCUGCCUCAGCCUCCUGAGUUUCUGGGACUACAGGUGUGCACCAUCAUGCCUGGCUAAUUUUUUUUUUAAUUUUUAGUACAGAGGAGGUCUUGUUAUGCUCCCCAGGCUAGUCUCCAACUCCUGGGCCAAAGCAAUCCUCCUGUCUCAGUCUUCCAAAGUGCUGAGAUUAUAGGCGUGAGCCACUGUUCCCAGCCACAAUUUUUAUCUUGACCAUAAUUUGUCAUUCUUUUAUAAUCCCCGAAGUUAAAUCUUGCUGUUAUGAGUGCUCUCUUGCCCAAAACCACCAGUACUAAAAAAACUGUUGUCAAAGAGGAUGUAAUAAAUUGUAGUAAUAAAUAUGACCACAAGCCAUAAAU